UGUGCUGGAGUUCCCGGGCGGGGAAGCUUAUGGGCGCGAACCGCCAGGGUUUCAUGGCCCGAGUCUGUCGCGGCGUCCUGUUGCAGGCCUCGCAUAUGUGCCCCAAGGCCCCCAUAGCGCGGCGCUUGUGGAUGCAGCGGGGGGGCCUUGUAGAUAAGUAGGGGAGAGGCGGGGGCUUUCCGGGCCUUGCCUGCGUGAAGGGCUGCAGGUGUAGUUUUCCCAGGACGCCGUGUUGCUGUGCAUCUAGCCUCAGAAAUCAGGCCUUGGGGUUGGAUUGAGACCUACGUGAGCGCGAUUAUAGUGCCGGCGUAGUUCACCGAGUCAAAAUAUUGAUGUUACCUCGUCUAGGCAAAUCUUAGAGGGUGAAGUCACUAUUGUGUGAAUUAACCCUAGUGGACGCCAUUUUUCUUGCCUGAGGUUGGGUGCUUCCUGGAGCUUCUCAGCCAGCGCAAGGUACCAAGUACAAGUUAGUUUCGUUAUGUGUCUUAUUUGGCCACGUAGCCUCCAAAAAAUAAUCCCACAAUUGGAAGCGACAACUAAGUAGGGAUGCUCUCUACAUAGAUUUUUAAAAGUGAUUUUGGAGCUAGCUGUAUUUCAGUAAUAUUUACAAAAAAUUUGAGCUGGCGCAUUAAUGCUGUUAGAGAGCUGGGGCAUUCCAAGAACUGAGGCAGCCAGAAGACCUACACUUCAAACUCCGACUGUUGCGAUCAAGUCAAAGAUUUCAGACAUGUUUUCAGAAUAACAGGCAUCAGUUUAUUGAAGGGAUAGAUAAACGGACCCCCAGAGGAGAGAGUUCUCAAGAGAGGAAAGGAAGGGACAGUGUUCCCAAAGAAGUUGUCCUACCCAGGUCCACCUCUCCACUUUACAGCAAGAGAACAGUUUUAAGUCAAAACAGAAGUGAUGGAUAAAUCAGGAAUGGAUUCCCUUGACUAUCUGGUGUCUGAUACAGCUGUGGAAGUUGAAAACCAAAGUGACUCCUCAUCUGGUAGCAGCUUAUUUAAAACCCAGUGUGUUACUUCCCCACCUAAAAGAAGGCAAAGAAACCCCACUAGAAAAUUUGUUCAUUCACCUGAAAGUGUUACAGAUUCAUCAAGUGAUUCAUCUAUAGAACCAAAACCAUUGACUUUAAAAGCUAUUUUUGAAAGAUUUAAGAAAAAGAAACGAAGAAAGAGGAAGAGAAAGUACAAGCCAAAAUUAAGAACAAAGGAAAAGCCAGAAGGAAGAAGAAAAACCAAGAGGUCACAAAUAGAUAAGAAACAAAUUAAAAACAAAGGAUCUAGACUCCCAUUUUUACAAUCUGAGAAUGAAAGAAAACCAUUACCUUGGAGAAAAAUUUUAGCCUUUGAACAAGCUGUUGCAAGAGGAUUUUUUAACUACAUUGAAAAAUUGAAGUAUGAACACCACCUUAAGGAAUCCUUGAAGCAAAUGAAUGUUAGUGAAGAUUUGGAAAAAGAAGAUCUUGAUAGUCGUAGAUACAAAUAUUUGGAUGAUGAUGGAUCAAUUUCUCCUAUUGAAGACUCUGUAGCAGAUGAGGAGACAGCACAUCUUGAACAUGAAUGUGAUAUCAAGUUGGUAGAGGAUAGUUGUUUUAUAGUAAGUUCUGACUUCCCAAAGAAGACGAACAUAUAUCUAGAGCAUGAGAAUAAUAAUAAAGAAACUGCUUUUUCUAAAAAGCGAGCUUCUAAUGCCAAAAAUAUUGGACAGAAUACAGAGUGCCCUUAAAGGAGAUGAAGUCAAAGCAGGCUGUCUUCAGAAAAUGAUGCAUUGGUUUGAAGAUAUUUUAACUGGUAUAUUGGCAUAUUCCACAUUUGCAGUACUGAGUGUGAUAAUAGGAGUGAAUAUGAUUUGAACUUGGUGAUUUUUAUGUUAGAGAAGUAAGUGAAAUUUUUACUAAUUUAUUAAGGACUUGAAGAUUUAGGCAUUCUAACAUUACAUGAAGUAUUUCCUAACUUCCUCCUUUGUAUUAACUUCCUCCUUUGUAUUACAUGACAGCUCUACAUGAUUUAUUCUAACACCAUGUUUGCCUGGAUUUGUUGAUUCAAUAGGAAAUGAAAGGCAUUCUGACAAAGGCUUUGACAAUUUGAGCAAGUGACAUUGACAUUUCUAGUGUGGGAAUGGGACUCAUGGCCUUAUAUCCUACGCAGUAUUUAGAGAGGCUGGAUCAUUUUAAGAGUUUUUUUGUCUUCAUACAUACGUGUACUUUUUUUGCGUUACAAUUCUUAUUACACAUAUAUACCAGGUCAUUAGAGUUUUUAAAGGUAGUUUCCUCAUCACAUUUCUUGGCAGCAGCACGACAGACUUGGGAAUAGAGGGAACAGUUUAGUCUCCGCACUGCAUGGUAUCUGCACUCAGCAGUUUCUUCCUGCUGGCGUGUUCAAAGGACAGUGCAAUAGAAAUUCAGUAUCUGGCAUCGUUGGUUUUCUUGGCUUUGUGCAUGUUAAACCUGGUAUUUCUAUUGAUACAGCAUUUUUAUAGGUACUUGUUAGUUCAUUUUAAUAGUCUUAAAUGGUGAAUAAUGCUUUUCUUUUUGUAAGGUGUCAACACUUGAGAACCAAGCAGAUCCAUCUAUAUCACAAAGUAUAAGGCUUUGUUGAUCUUGCUUCCGGCUGUUUGUUUUCUCCUAUUUGGAUCCUAAAGUCAAAUUAGUUGAAGAAACUUAAGUCCUGAAUAACGUAGGUGGAGAAUUGUGAAAUCAUCUGGCAAGU